AUGGUUGAAGCCAAUAGCAACAACAACCUUGGAUAUGGCGGACAAAAUACUCAACCUCCUAAUAACCAGCAAUUUGCCCUCUUCGUAGAGCCGUCGGCUCCUCCCAACAGCAACAAUAUUCCUCCUCCGUCCCAGCCGCAGCCGCCGGCCUGUAACACAAACCAAUGUGGUGGUGGUGAUUAUGGGAGUCCGGCGGCAGGGUAUCCUUACCCUCCUCCUCAACAACAUCAAUCUUCCAACGUCACGGCCAACGUGUACAUGACGUCGGUGGCGGGGAUCCCGGUGCAAUCCACCACCACCACUGAGGUUUAUGCCGUCGUCGAUCAGAGGCCUCCGGAGCUUCCUUGCUGUGGAAUUGGUCUCGGCUGGCUUCUGUUUAUAUUGGGAUUCUUCUUUGCGGUGCCGUGGUACAUCGGAGCUGGCGCUCUAGUCUGUUCUAAGUACGACAAGCGAGAGAAGCCUGGAUACAUAGCUUGCGCAGUUCUUUCUGUGAUUUUCAUAAUUUUGGUCAUAAUCAGUGCGUCAAGGCCAGCCUAUGCGUAUUAG